GUGUAUACACAUCAUGGAGAAUUCUCCCUAUGAAUAGGUUCACUGUAAGGUUCAAAGUUACAGCUUGCCUUUAUAAAUAUGUUCAGGUUAAAAAGUCAGCUUCACUCAUGAUAAUAAAUGCUUAAGAGCAUUUAUUGUGGUGACUCCUUUUACAAUAGAGACAGAGACGUUGCUGAGAAAUAAUCACACAUGGUCUGAAAAGGGCGAGGCAGAAUACAGUAGUACAAAGCCUUGCUUAUUAUUUAUUUAUUUAUUUAUUUAUUUGUCAAAUUUGUAUAACACCCCAAACUUUCGUCUCUGGGUGGUUUACAAUAGCAUUAAACCAGUUAAAAACAUAUACAAAAAGCUUAAAACAAUUUAACAAUUUAAAAAUAAACCAGAGAUUAAAAGCUAAAAAAUUUUUUAGGAAGCUGAGAAAGCUUGGGCAAAAAGAUGGGUUUUCAGGUGUUUUUUGAAAAUUGCCAGAGAUGGGGAAGAUCGUAUCUCAGCAGGGAGCGCAUUCCACAAUCUCGGGGCAGCGACCAAGAAGGCCCAUCUCUGUUGGCGGUAACUGGAGACGGACUUCCUCAGAUGACCUCAAUGGGUGGUGGGGCUCGUAGUGAAGAAGAUGUUCUCUUAGAUACCCAGGGCCUAAGCCGUUUAGGGCUUUAUAACUAAAAGUGUAUUAUAACUAAAAGUUAUAAGUGUAUAACUAGCACUUUGUAUUUUGUCCAGAAGCCUAUUGGCAGCCAGUGUAGCUCCAUCAGUAAAGGAGUAACAUGGUCUCUCCGAGAUGACCCAGAGACCCACUUGGCUGCCGCAUUCUAAACCAACUGAAGUUUUCGACUACCUACAAAGGCAGCCCCUCAUAGAGCGCAUUACAGAAGUCAAGUCUGGAGGUCACCAACAGAUAUACCACUGUUUUGAAGUGACUGAUCUCGAGAAACGGGCGCAGCUGGCGUAUCAGCCGGAGCUGAUAGAAAGCACCCCUGGCCACCGCCUCAACCUGAGAAACCAGGGAGAGGUGUGAUUCCAGAAGUACUCCCAGAUUGCGAACCUGUUCCUUUUGGGGAAGUGUGACCCCCAUCUAGAACAGGGAGAUAAAAGUCGUCUCUAGAGUUCUGACCCCACACAAUAAGUACCUCCAUCUUAUCUGGAUUCAGCUUCAGUUUAUUCUCCUUCUUCCAGCCCAUUACUGCUUCCAGGCAGGCAUUUAGGGAGGAUAUGCCAGCUCUUGAAGAAGUUGACAUGGAGAAGUAGAUCUGGGUGUCAUCAGCGUACUGGUAACACCCAGCUCCAAAUCCCCUGAUGAUUUCUCCCAGCGGUUUCAUAUAGAUGUUAAAAAGCAUUAGAGAAAGUACAGAGCCUUGAGGCACACCAUACUUAAGCUCAGAUUUUGAAGAGCAACAGUCUCCAGUCGACAGCAUCUGGAAUCUAUCUGAGAGGUAGCAAUGGAACCACUGUAAAACAGUGCCUCCCACCCUCCCACACACUCCAGAAUGAUACUAUGGUCAAUAGUAUCGAAAGCUGCCGAGAGGUCCAAAAGGACCAACAGAGUCACACUUCCUCUGUCAAUUCCCAAUUGGAGAUCAUCCAUCAGGCCGACCAAGGCAGUCUCCACCCCAUAGCCCGCCUGAAAACCAGUUUGAAAUGGGUCUAGAUAAUCAGUUUCCUCCAAGACCGCCUGGAGCUGAGAGGCCACCACCCUCUCAGUUACCUUGCUCAGCCACGGGAGGUUGGAGACAGGCCUAUAAUUGCUCAGCUCCGAGGGAUCUAAUGCAGGCUUCUUUAGAAGAGGUCUAAUGAUUGCCUCCUUAAGACAUGGAAGCAUCUUGCCAUCCCUCAGAGAAGCAUUUAUGAUUUCCACCAGGCUGUUUAAAACAACCUCCCUGCUACAUCGAACAAGCCAUGUUGGACAAGGGUCAAGAGAACAAGUGGUAGGCCUCACCGCUCCAAGCAGCUUAUCCACAUCCUCAGGAGGCACAAACUGAAACCGAUCCAGUUGAAUCACAUAAGAGGAGUUGUUGGGCACCUCCAGCUCAGACAUCAAAUUAAUUGCGGAGUCUCCAUCUAGGUUGGCCCGAAUCUGAGAGAUUUUAUCUGCGAAAAACUCUUUAAACACAUCACAGCGGGUAACUGAUGACUACAAAUUCUGGUUCAAGGUGAGGGGGAGCAGAUACUAGUCCCCUCACAACCCUGAACAAUUCCGCUGGAUGUGAACUCACAGAGUCAAUAUGGGCAGAAAAGAACCACCUCUUUGUUACCUCUUUCCCUGAGCAUAGAUCUUUAAAUGUGCUCUAUGUCGCAAUCUGUCGGAUUUGAGUUGAGUCCGUGGGAAUCACAGGAGUCCCUACUCACGGAACACCACCCUGAUCAGAGUAAAAGACCAAAUCAAGCGUGUGGCCUGCAAUAUGCGUCGGUCCAGAGACCACUUGGGAUAGGUCUAUAGUUGUCAUGGCUACUGUGAACUCCUGAGCUACCCUGGACAGAUUGGUCCCAAAAUGAACAUUGAAGUCCCCCAGCACCAAGAGUCUGGGAGACUCCAAUGCGAGUUCCGCAACCAAGUCCGUGAGCUCAGUAAGGGAUUCCGCUGGGCAGCAAGGUAAUCGGUACACCAACAGAAGUCUCAAUCUAUCCCUGGUCCCCAAACUCAAGUACACAUAUUCAGUAUGUUCUGAUACCCUAACAGGGACCCUGGUAAAGGAGAUGUUAUCCUUAUAGACCACAGCCACCCCACCUCCCUGCCCACGUCCCCUCACUUGCUUCUCUACAGAAUAUCCUGGAGGAAGAAGCUGGGACCAAACUGGACCACUAGCCUCCCCCAUCCAAGUCUGGGUGAUACAUACCACGUUGGCCCCUUCAUCUAUGAUCAAAUCAUGGAUGAGUUCAGAUUUAUUUUCGACCAACCUGGCAUUACAGAGGAGCAGUGAAAUGCUAUGUGGGUUGUUGGCAGUGCUCCCCGAGGUCAAAGAGCUGGCAGGACAGCCAGAAGGGGAGACAGCUAUUAAAUUUCUGACUACCCUUCCCCUGGCACAGCCUGAUGACCUGCCAACGUUACUUCAUUUCUCACCACCACCGGGAUAGCUGUCCCAUAUCUUAUAUGCAGAUAAGAUAGAAAAAUUAAUUUAUAGGAUAAAUCUCCAGAAAGCAUAAAAAUCCACAGAUCUGAAGUAUGGGAUAUCAUUUGUAUACUUAUUACUAUGUCUUAUUUCUUUGCUUUAUUUCUGGUAAUUAACUUGAAAGUUUUCAGUUUUCUGGUUUUCCAGGUUGUUGCUAUCUCCAUUUUCUUAUCCAAGUUUUAUACGUUGAAGAAACAACAUAAAAGUAAACAUUCUGAAACGUCCGUAACAGAUUGUUAUAUCGUUUACUCAUAAUGUUGUACUCUGAUCUACACCUGGAUAAGCAAGCAUUCAUUUCAUUUUCUACAACUAAUUGCUCCAAAAGUUCUGCCUCGGACUAAAGCCCCCACCCUCUCACCGACUGCAUUCUUCGUCAGCCACCCACACUCUCCGCAGCGGAACCCAGUACUUAGUUUUCGGGUUUGCGUCUUGUGCAGCUGUCUCUUUGCAGCUGUCUCUUUGCAGUGUUUUCUGGCCAGUAUACCCCACAGAAUUCAUUGCAUCCACACGCCCCAGCCCUACUCGUCCUUUUCGCCCAUCUGAACAGUAUCGGACUGUUACUCCCCUUGAACUCUUUACUUCAGAAUAAACAUUUGGCAGUACAGACCUUUUCCAGUGGAAAUCAACGCUAAGCAAAAGUGCAGCUUUGUACAAUUACAAAAAUGAAUGUAUACAUAUAUCUUAAAAAGGAAAGAACAAAACUUCUUCUUUGUGCGGGGCAGGCAAAGGCGGCAUUAUUCGUUGCGAUCACUAUACACUGUAUUGCUCAUUCGAACCCCUCAGUUAGCCGAUCGAUCGAAUCUUGCCAUAUGAGCAGCUGUUGUCCAAUCAGCCGGUACCGCGUCUUUCCAAAGGCCCGGGUGGGCGGGGCUUGCUCUCCGGGGAACGGGCACGCGUUCUGGAACCCCGCUUCUAAAAUAAACAGCAAACUUAAGUAGCGCUGAGCCGGCGACGUGAGAUUAGCACAGUAUGGCCGAGCAUAUGCCUGGCAAUCAUAGCAACAUAUACCAACCAAUUACUCAGUGGAUAGUAGAUAACUUCUGUGUAUGUGAAGGGUGUAGUGUACCUCGUUGUCUGCUGUAUGAAAUGUACGUGGAGAACUGCAAGCAGGAGGCCCAGACUCAAGUAAAUCCAGCUACAUUUGGAAAGCUUGUCCGGUUAGUGUUCCCAGACUUAGGGACCAGAAGGCUGGGCACAAGGGGAAGUGCAAGGUAUCAUUAUGAUGGAAUACAAAUAAGGAAGAAUUCACCCUUCUAUGCAUAUUAUUGCUAUCUCCUGGCUGAAAAAAAGGAGACCAGUGGGGAGGUCUGCAGUUCUGAGAGUGCAGCUAAUUUUCAGAGCAGUGGCUAUCUGAAGGGAGCAAAGGAUCAAGAUGCAGUUGUUUACCCAUUGCCUGAAUUCAGGAGAUUUUAUUCAUUGGAGAAAGAGCUGGAAAAGAAAUAUUCCUACAAAAUGGUAUCUUUGUUUGCUGAUGAGUAUUGCACUUACUGCCAGGAAGUGUUACAGAAUGUGAAAAACAAGGAAUUUGACCAGGUGGAAGAGGUCUUCACUUCCUUCUGGAAGUCUUUGCAGCCUGAAGCAGUAAUGUUCAUGUCCCAGUCAGAUGUUUGCCAGCUGUUCCAGAGCUAUGACAGACAGCUCUUCCAGGAAAUGGAGAAGAUUCUGCUUCAUGAUUUUCUGGAAGAUGUGUCUAUACAAUACCUCAAACUGGUCAGAUUAUUCAGCAAAAAUAUUAAAAUCUGGCUACUUGCUACUGUGGAAGACUUUCCACCAUUAUUAGGGGCCUCCAAAAUUAAAGAAGUAACUUUGUUUGUAAAAAGGCUACGAAGAAAGACAUACCUUGCUAACAUGGCGAAGACAAUGAGAAUAGUCUUGAACAACAGCAGGAGAGUCAGUAUUUUAAAAUCGGAUGUGAAUGCAGUCAUUACUCAGGGAUUUAUGGAUAUUCCUGGAAACUCACUGCAGAUGGCAUUUAGAAAUGUGGAUGAAACUGGCAGUGGCACAGAGCUGAAAUGCUUGAAGAAUUUGAUGUCUUUGCUGGACACUUCAACAGAUAUUAGGGCUUUGCUGAAUUGUUUAUCCUCAGACCUUGAAGCUUUUGUGAUUCAGCCAAGCAAGAAUCAAGAAGAGUUUAGAAAGUUGGCAGCCAACUUCCAGCUGAGGUGGAAUUUCCUCUUAACAUCCAUCAGCAAGGCAAUGACCCUCUGUCACACUGAUAGCUUUGGCUCCUGGCAUUUGUUCAAUUUGCUUCUGCUCGAAUAUGUUGUGCAUAUACUUCAAACCCACGUAGAGGAGGGAGGAGAUGAGUCCCUCUGCAUGGUGCAGCAAGCUAACACUGCUCUUCAACCAAUCUGCUUUCUGGAUGAUUUGGCUGCUGAACAGUCUGAGGCGGGAGAGGCAGUACCAACUCAUAUCCUCUUGACCCAGAGCCAAAGCAAUGUUAAUUUAAGCAGUAUUAUUCUGAAGGUUCUGAGCUGCCUAGUAGAUGCUGACACAGGCAACAAGCUGAUCCAGGUCAUUUUGGAAGAUAAAGCUUCUAAAAGUUCUGUUAAAGUUAAUGUUCCUGUUGGACAGGAAGCACUUAUUACUUUGAAAGAUGGACAGAAAUUUAUCAUUCAUACCUCUGAUCCACAACAAGACUGCAACACUGCUUGGGAGGAAGCCAAGCAGAUCUAUGGGACUGCUUGAAAAGUAUCUGUAACAAAUUUCUUUUGCAUAUAGUUAAUGUGACUACAGAUUUAACACUAUGUAUAUUAUGUGGAGUACAUAAGGUUUUAUAAAUGGCUCUCACAUUCUUUUUUGAACUGUAUUUUUAUUCUGAUGUAUUUCAACUGUUUAGCAUGCAUUUUUCUUUCUCCCCCCACAUCCCCCUUAUGUUUCAAGAUGUUUUAGGAAGUAAUUCUAACUAUUAUUUUAAUUAAAUGUAGUUUU